GCAGAUGUGAGAACGUGAUGACCUGCCCUAUAAGGCCGAUUGGGUCCGGCAACGAGCACUGCCCCUACGAUUGGCUGGCCGUUUAUGAUGGCCGCGAUGAGCACUCGCCGCUGAUAGGCAAAUUCUGCGGCCUGGGCAAGUUUCCAUUCAGCAUUAUUGGCACCUCACAAUACAUGUACGUGGAGUUUGUUACGUCGCCGGCGGGGCCGCUGCUCAAUACGGGCUUUCAUUUCAAUGUGGGCAACUGGCCGGGGCAUGUGGAGACGGCGGGCAUCAAGCACGGCGUCUGCGACUGGCUGCUCAGCUCCGAUUCGCUGAAGGACAGCAGCGCCAGCGAGGGCAUAUUCCUGAGCAUCGCCCACUGGUAUCCGCCCAACACCUCCUGCAGCUAUCACAUCAAAGGCCAUCCCGGCGAAAUUGUGCGGCUCUACUUUCCCAGUUUUCGCAUCAAUCGCAUCGAGUCGCCCAUACUGAGGUACGAGGGGGAUUGCGGCGAGUCGCUGACCAUCUACGACUCGGAUCAUGCGGAUCCGGCGCGCAUCAUCAAGACCUUCUGCGACACCUUCUCGCGGCCCAUGGAGAAGGUGGACUUUGUGAGCACCAGCCCCUCGCUCUACGUCCAAUUCGAGUCGAAGACGGGCAGCUAUAGCGGCAGCUCACUGUACUACUGGGCGCACUAUGACUUCUUCAACAACACACGGUUCGGCGAUCCGGUGCCCAACACGCUCUGCGACGAGGUCAUGUACGCCUGGAAGCAUCCGGGCGGACGCCUGCGCUCGCCGCUCAACUCCCUGAUCUUCAAGCGAACCGGCGGCAGCGACGUCCGCUGCCAGUACAAGUUCGUGACGGAUCGACGGCUCUACGCCCGCGCCAUAAUCGAGGUGAACUCGGUGUCGUUCAAGGAGCUGCCCUACAACAGCAACGCCUGCACGCGCUGCCACGAGGAGCGCGUGGACAAGCUGGUCAUCUGGGAGGAGCGCGACAAGUUCCAGAACAACCUGGCCUGCUUCUGCGACAAUAUACCGCGGGCGGUGCGCGUCAUCUCGUCGGCGGACCAGAUGAAUCUCGAGAUGAUUGUGCAGGGCCAGCACGCCAUCACCUCGUACUUCAAGAAUCCCAAUCCGCUGUUCGAGGCGACCUACGAGUUCGCCCACGGCCCGCUGUGCGGCCCCAUCACGCUGGGCCCCUCGCCGGAUGGGGAGCUCGUCUUUCCGUACAAGAAGGCGCUGGCCAUGGUGGCGGGCCCGAUGGCGCCGCCGGAGCACCACUAUCGGCGCGAGAAGUGCAUCUGGGAGCUGAAGGUGGCCGCGCAACGGGAUCUCUGGCUGAACCUGGAGAAGGCGCGCUUUGCCGAGCGCAGCUGCGAGAGCGCCAAGAUCGAGGUCUAUCUGGCCGGGCGCCUGGAGCCGCGCUUCGUCGUCUGCCCGGACAACAUAUCGCUGGCCCGCGACCUGCCCAUCCUGAGCACCGCCGAGCUGGGCGCCACCGGCGCCGACCAGGAGCCGCUGCCGGUGCUCAUCCAAUACACGGGCGACGGUCAGCCGGGCAAGAACAUCUUCCGACUGGUCUGGACCGAGCUGUUCCACUUGCCCCGCAAUCCCGACGGUAGUCUGGCCGCGUCCCUGCUGCAGGAUGGCGACUGUGACUUCCGCUGUCCCGGCGACACGCAGGUCUGCAUACCGCGCCACCUGCUCUGCAACGGCAUCGCCAACUGCCCCAAUGUGACGCACACCUCGACGCUGGCCCAACUAACGCGGCACAUUGAGUGGAAUCUGGAACAGCUCGGGCUGCUCCACCAUGCCGCCGCGUACCGCCAGCUCGUCCUGCACGACGAGUCCCCGGAGAUCUGCCUGCGGCGCGAUCUCAGCCAGCUGCCCUACGGCAAACUCUCGCUGCUCGCCCUC